AGUUCUCAAAUGGCUCCAUCCUUCAAUGAUGAGAAUUCAUUGUUUAAUUUCAUAGUGAAAGAAGGGAAUGGUAUCAAAGGUCUAGUGGACUCGGGCCUUACAGAAGUUCCCGGUCUGUACAUCCAGCCACCCGACAAGCGAAUCAGCAAGCAAGAUGAAGCUACGUCGCUUGAAAACAUGACCAUUGAUCUAUCAGAGCUUGAUGGUCCUAACCAUGACCAAGUGGUCCAAGCCAUUGUCCAUGCUGCUGAAACUCUCGGGUUCUUUCAGGUAGCGAACCAUGGUGUGCCGUUGGAGCUCCUUGAGUCGCUUAAGGUUGCAGCCCACUCGUUUUUCGGCCAACCGGCCAAAAAGAAGGCUGUGUAUCUCAAGGGGGUCAACCCUAGUCCCAUGGUCGAGUAUGGGACUAGCUUUGCCCCUGAGAAAGAGAAGUCUUUGGAGUGGAAAGACUAUGUGAGCAUGAUGUACACCAAUGAUGCUGAUGCUCUUGAGUUUUGGCCUAACGAAUGCAAGGAAGUGGUACUCGAGUACGUAAAAACAUCAAUGGAGAUGGUGAAAAAGCUAUUACAAGCACUCAUUGGGAACCUAGGAGUAAAACAAGAUGAUCCAAGAUUCAAUAGUCUUGUAGGUUCAAGGGUGGUCAAUAUGAACUACUACCCAGCCUGCCUGAACCCCGAGCUAACCAUCGGUGUGGGGUGCCACUCGGAUCUCGGCAUGCUAACGGUGCUUUUACAAGAUGAUAUCGGUGGAUUAUAUGUGAAAAAAGGCGAAAAUGAAGAGUGGAUUCAGAUUCCGCCUGUCCAUGGUGCCUUGGUCAUCAACAUUGGUGAUUCGCUACAGAUUUUCAGCAAUGGGAGGUAUAAAAGUGCAGAACACAGAGUACUAACCACGAGCGUCAAGUCACGAGUGUCGGUCCCGCUGUUCAUAUCCCCGCUGGCUGUGGCAAAAGUGGGACCCGCAGCUGAGCUGGUGGCUCGAGACGGGUUGGCUCGAUAUAAAGAAAUCAUAUUUAGAGAUUACAUGAAUAACUUCUUUGGUGAAGCUCAUGUAGGAAAGAAGUCCCUUGAUUUUGCCUCUAUUUGAUUGUUCUACACAGGUUCCCAUCUAUUUUAGGCUAAUGUGGUUUCUUGUGUAAUAAAAGGUUUGCAAU